CGUAUAGUCUGCUCAGGGGGGCUGCUGGAUGCUCCGUGAUGGAUGAGGAGUGACAGAUCGGGGUUAGCCGCCAGGGGAGCACCAUUUUCUUCCAGCGCACGGUCUUCAAAAAAGAAGGAGGUAUAAGACGCUGGACGCGGAGGGAGGAAGGGACGAGAAACAGACCCAUCUCCACCCCUCUUCUUGCUCUCCCUCUCUCUCUCUCUCUCUCUCUCUCCCCGUACUCUCGUGCAUCACAACAUAGUGGGCUUUACCCGGACUGCACCGCAUUGACGCUUCUGCUGCUGCCGCUGCGACCCAACCCUCCAAACUAACGCAUACACAAGGCAGAGAGAAUCAUCUUUUUGGAAGCUGGAAAUUGGGUGUUUGUGCGGAAUCUGUGUCUGGAUAUGCAGCAUCUCCCUCGCGUGCUCUCUUAUUUUUCAUUCAAGGUGGAUUCGCUGUCCUCCUCGGUAUUGUCAAGACUUUUAAAGCAAGAGUGAAUAUUGCAGGAGGGGGACGGUUUUUUGCGACUACUGCAUAGUGCACAACAAGACAUCGGACUCUAACUUACAAGUUUGCAGAGCUCAGAUCAUGACUGCAGCUGUUCACUUACAGGAGUGAGCCCUCCUCUCCCCCCACCGCCCCCUCUUCACCGCCUCCAACAUGGGUAUUGACUGAGAUGCGAGGAUGCACUUGACUUGUGAGGAUUAAAAAAGAACUGCGCGCAAUAAUUCCUGGAUCAUGCAGAUUCUGCAGCCUAGGACGUUAUUUGUGUUGCUGGCACAUGCACAUGUAGUAUUAUCACUAAGAUAUAACGGAGGGGCACGGAGCAACAGCAGCACAUACUCUUCCAGGAGUUUGCAUGGGUCACUCCGAGAGAGUCAUCCAAAUAAAGCCCGGGACCGUGCGCUCUCACCGGGGCACGCCACAGGUGCAUCCCCGGCGGAGGGCGCGAUUUUCCGGGGGACUUUUAACUCCACUCACCCCUGGAAGAGGGUGGUGGCAGAGGAAACGUGGCGGAUUGGACACAACAAACGCGACUAUACUAGGACUGUGACACCCGUGGAGGAUCCCAACACAGGCUCACAUUUGGGCCCGACGCGCCACCAUAAUAGGAGGAUAAAGUUGAAUGGCACGGGGACGCCAGCAGGUGGACACUACAAUGCGGCUAAGCCCUCUUCAAUGGGACGGGGAGACGGAGGAGGGGGACCCGAGGAAGGCGACAGGCACAAGAGAGGCACAAAAGACGAGCAGAAAAAAGCCUGGAAGAGGUGGGGGAGAAACCGCCAGAAUAAAAGCGCGGCGGCUUUGGCUCAGCCUCACGCGUCGCCGUGGGAACCCGUCCCCAAGCCGGUGGCCCUCACCUCCACCGACCUGCCCUUUGACCUCUUCACCAGGAGGCCCGAGUUAUUCACUUUCAGGGAGGAGAACCCCUGGGACGCCACACCGAUCACCCCACCAAACUCGCAGGACUUCGGGGACGAGAUCAAGAACCCCUUUUACCCGGUGACGAGCGAGACUUACGGCGCUUACGCGAUCACGUGCGUCUCAGGGGUUAUCUUCCUGGUUGGGAUAGCGGGCAACAUCGCCAUCCUGUGCAUCGUGUGCCAGAACUACUACAUGAAGAGCAUCUCCAAUUCGCUGCUGGCUAAUUUGGCUGUCUGGGAUUUUGUGCUCAUCCUCUUCUGCCUGCCCAUGGUGGUGUUUCAUGAGCUGACGAAGUCCUGGCUGCUGGGGGAAUUCACCUGCAAAGUUGUGCCCUAUGUGGAGGUGGCCUCUCUCGGUGUCACCACCUUCACCCUGUGCGCUCUCUGCAUUGACCGCUUCCGCGCAGCCACCAACGUCCAGAUGUACUACGAGAUGAUUGAGAAUUGCACCUCCACUACUGCAAAGCUAGCUGUCAUCUGGAUUGGUGCUCUCCUAUUGGCCCUACCAGAGCUGCUUAUCAGACAGCUGGUAACCGAGGACACGGGGAUGCCAGACGAGCCUCCCGUCGAACGCUGCAUUAUCAGGAUAUCCACUUCCCUUCCUGACAUGCUCUACGUGCUGGGAUUGACAUAUGAGGGAGCUCGCCUGUGGUGGUGCUUCGGCUGCUACUUCUGCCUCCCCACCCUUUUUACGAUUGGGUGCUCACUGGUGACGGCGCGCAAGAUCCGGCGCGCUGAACAGGCAAGUGUGCGCAGCAACAAGAAGCAGAUACGACUUGAAAGCCAGAUGAACUGCACAGUUGUAGCCCUAGCGAUCGUGUACGGCGCAUGUGUAGUGCCUGAGAAUAUCUGCAACAUUGUUUCGGCUUACAUGGCAGCAGGUGUACCUGAGCACACCAUGUCUGUGCUCCACCUUCUCUCCCAGCUGCUGCUCUUCUGCCGGGCCGCCGUCACGCCUGCGCUGCUGCUUCUUCUUUGCCGUCCGCUGGGCAGGGCCUUCCUGGACUGCUGCUGUUGCUGCUGCUGCUGUAACCACGCCCCCUCUUCAGCGACGGCCAGCGACGACAACGAGCACGAGUGCACCACUGAGCUUGAGCUGUCGCCUUUCAGCACCAUCCGCAGGGAGCUCAGUAACUACACACCGGCAGGCUCCAACUGCUAAACAGACAUUCCUCAUAAGGGAUGGGGAUUUCACCUGCGUGCUACUAGCCGUUGGCUAGCAUUUGUCGGACUUGGCUUGGCUUGGAGAGAUUUGCCUUACCUGAUCUGAUCACAUUUUUCAAUUGGAGCAUGGAUAAAGUCGGACACUGAAUAAUCACAUUCAGCCAGUGUCCUACAUCCUCAGUGUUCAUUCCUUACAGUAAUACUGUACAUUUACAGUCACUAUAUAACACUUAUUUUACAGGAAAGCUAACAAAAAAGCAAAAUCUUUUCACUCAUACCCUGGGGUGCUCUUCAAACAGGGUCAGUACAUAUUUUUAGCAAUUCAGCCUGAAUCCUUUAAAACUCACAAACCUCCCUGCCGUAGACCGUGUAUGCCUAAAUAUCUUUGGACAGAUGGGAUGGCUUCUGAACCCCAAUGAUGUCUGGAUCUUCUCAAGGGAUUUAAAUCAGAUCAGUUUUCUUAGAAUUAUCUUAUUCUACAGCAAAAAAAAAAUAAAAUGCUGUAGUUCCCACAGGCCUUGUUGUAUUCCUGACAGGUUAAGGUAAAAAAAAAAUGUAUACUGUACUCUACAAUGUACAUAUAGCCUACAAAUUGUACAGGAUGUGUCACAAAAUGACCCGUUCAAUGAAAGAGACUCUUUGUCAUGAUGAAUUAAAAAGGCCAACAUGAAUGAUAAAGAGCACUGAUAUCUUGAGGGAGAAAUAAUCAACGUGAAUCCCCUUCAAAAUGUGUCCUUUAAAAAAAAAAACAGGAAAUGGAAUUCAGCUCUGUAUACUAACACACCACCCAGAUUUAAAAAAAAUUGGGCUGAUACUGCCUAUAGACCUACAGGACUUUGUUUACAGACUCUACAGCUGUAAAUGUACAGUUCAUAUAAUGCAGCACACAUGGGAUCAAGGCUUAUGGUAAUUAAACUAGCGCAGCGCGUCUCUGCAGUAAUGACAGUUUGCAGGAGAACAACAGAGAGGAGAGUGGAUUCCCCAUGUACACAACAAUACUUACACUGAAAAAUAUCAAGCAGACUUAAACACAACUGGGCUGGUCUCAGAGAUACAUCUACAAGGAAUUGGGAUGUUUGGGAUGGACUUAAUGAAGAGUUGAAUGAAGUGGAAUGGAAUCAAAUUAGAAACUACGGAUUCAAUUGAAGAACUUGGACAGAAAAGACAUACCAGAGUGGAAUAUAACAGAAAGGGAUGGACUCAGCAUGGACUGGACUGAAUAUAAAAAUCUGCACUACACUGUUGUAUCAUGUUACGCCUUACACUUUGGGCUGUAUAUAAACUGUACACUUUCUUCGGUGCUCUUAUGAUGAAUGCGCUGUAAACAACAGGUCCAUCGGUUCAACUUAGAAUCGCAAGUAAUUGAGCUGGGGACUGUGUUUUUGGUCAAGAAGACAGAUUACAGUUAUCUGUGACCUCGAAUAAAUGUAAUACAGUGGCUUGAGAGAGAGAAAAAAAAUCAAUGCAGAGUAUCACAGAGCUGCCAUGUACACAGUUAUGAGAGAUUUUUUGAGUGUGAACCCUGCUUUUGCUAGCAUUACCUUUGUGUGAAACCUAGACAGCAAGUAUGGCGACCCUUUAUUUUAAAUCACAGCAAGUACUCAGUGUUUUAAUAUCACUGAGAUACAAAAAAUAUGCUAAUUACUAAUACUUAACAUGUAGAGAUGCAAUAAUGCAAUAAAACACUAGCAUUUGAAUUUCUAACCAUUACACUGGAAUAGAAUAAUUAUUUAUGGUAGUUAGUUUUGCUAUGUAAACGUGAACAUCAAUUAUCAACCAUUUACUAGGAAGUCACAACACAUUAUUUAAUUAUUGUAACAAAAAAGUGCCAAUUCUCCAAAUGUUCAUUGUAAAUACAAUCGCUAGGCUGUAAAUAUGAGGGGAAUUUAUAUAUAUUUGUACUAAUAAUUUUUAGUUUUCAUACAAGUUAUUUAUUACAAUUGAAAAUGAAAUGCUACCAUGUGGGUGGAUAUAAACUCAAAGAUGAUACCAAGUUUGACUUUUCAAAAUUAAAUUAAGAAAACACUGCGAGUUUUAACUAACAAGUGUUGCUGAUGUUAGCUUAGUUAAGCUAGCUAGCGAGAGCUGGGGACAGUGUUAAAUGAAGAAGUUGACAGGACAAAAUAAAAGAACACUUCUGUCUGAAAUUAGGAACCUUUUUUCAAUCAUUAUCAAUCAAUCAUUAUUUGUAUAGCGGCAAUUCAUAACAAGUGUUAUUCCGAGAUGCGUUACAAAAGGGCAUAGGCCUAUGGGAUACUAUGAGGAAAGAUUUCUACUUUGUAUUCCUGGCGUUCCUGUUGUCCACACGUCCUCGCCGCUGAGGUGGAGGUCGGAGCAGGCCGUACAUGAAUGAGGACGGCGGUGGUUGUGGGGACCACAGAGCCCGAUGGUGGUGGCUGGGCGUCAGGCAGUGGCUGAGGGGACGACACGUUCCGAUUGUGGUUAUUUGUCACUAUUAAGAAUUUUGAGAGGUAAAUAUACCACUGUUAUUGUUGCGUACAAGAACAGAACGUUUUCCAGGCAUAGCAACAUCUGCCCAACAAAGGGUGUUGGGCCAGCCUUAGUGUAAAACAAAGUCUUGUUUCUUGACCAAUAAUACCCUAUGCAGUUUAAUUACUUGAGAUUUUAAGGAGAACCUUAGAAAUGUUUUUCACAGUGUAUACAAUUUGCAAGUGUAUUGUACUGUAAAUCUGUUUUCUUAAUCUUAUACCCAUCAGAUCUGGGACAAAACAAGGUUCAAACCACUGCUACAGCUCAUUACAAUGCAGGUAAUUGAAGUUACUCUGAAUUCCGAACAACGCAAACAUUUGGGACAAAUAGUUUGUAUCUUAGAGGUGAAUUGAGAUCUUCUGAAGAUGACCAUAACUACUCUAGAAAGCCUUUGUUAUGUGUGUUAGACAUCAAUUUCUGUAACUGAGAUGAAUGGUUUAAACUCUGUGAUGACCCAGGUGUGAUGUUCAUUGGUAAACUGUAUAUUGCGAUGAAUCUUUUGCAUAUGAUUCUGCACUGCCAAACACCUUUUUCUCUGUCUGUCUCUCGUGCUCUUGUGGGAGUAGCACACUAUCUCUGGGUGUCUCUCUUAUCAUGGGGGUCAGUUUACCUUAAUUUCCAUCAAAACAGGAAGAAGAGUAUUACAGCAACAGAAAUCACAAAAAGUUUGGAAGCAGCUGAGGCACAUAAUGUUGAAAAUACUGUAUAGGCACAUUUUUUAUUUUGAAAAUGUGGAUAUACAGUAGGUUGUUUCUCCUGCAAUGUCCAGAGGCAGCAACCCUUUGGCUGUAAUGAAAUCCAGUUUAUGAGCGCCAAGAGAUCCAGGUGAAUGUAACCUCUGUUUGGGUCUGCCUGCAUUUUUUUUUAGUUAAUAGAAGAAGUGGACAGGAACUUCGCAACACUGCAACACAAUGCCCUGUAGCAAGUUUGACAACUCAUUUUAUAACCACUGCUAUCAGCGUUUUGGGGGCCAAUGUGUAAUCCUGUCCAGGGAGUUUAUGUCCUUGCACCAGCUAUGUUUCUACCAGUAAAUCACAUUGAAAACUGAAUGGCUUUUUAUUUCCUUCCUGGGAUUUCCCGCCUGUUAUUUGAUGAAACUUGAGUGUAAAACGACCUUCCGCACCUGACUCUCUUUUUCUGCAUAUUUCUGGGAGCAUAGCUCAUUCUAAAUGGCUCAGUGUUUAGUAACGUGGUUCAAACUAUUGAUGAAGUGAUUUGUGUAAAUCAGUCUGUGAGACGUUUCUUCUGGGUUUUGUGAGUAUCUUCUUCACUCUGAGCAAAUUGUGUCUGUAUUUGAUACCUGAUAAUGUAAGCACACAACCACUAUUGUCUCUUUAAGUCUAGUCACAGGUUUCUAAAUAGCUUUUUAUAUAGCCAAAAAAACUGUCCCUUUGUUUAUCAAAGAACUUUAUCUUAAAAAAAACAACUGUAUAUUAAAAUCCUAAAUGUACUA